UAAUAAAGCGUGAACUGAUGAGUUUUGUGUUGAUGCACAUCUACUUGAGUUAUUAGUAGCCCGAUGAACGCGUCACAUCGAACGCGUUGCAAGCGCAAGUCAAACCAUGUUUAAUUCGCUGCGUCUGUACUUCUCCCCUUUUGUCAAAAGGAACGAGGAACUACGCCUGCUCCAGAUCUUCAAGCCCUUGUACCUUCUUCUCUCCUUCCUCGGACUUAUCCCGUGUUCGAUUGAAUUUCCGCAGGGAAAUGUGGACUGCAUACUUUUGCACAAGUCCGCUUUUAAACAUUCGUGCUGCGCUUUCUUAACGCUGCUCACCGUCUACGUGUUUUUUGGCCUCCACGUAUACGAAGUGUUAACCUCACACGAAGAUACUAUAGCUGACGACAAAAUGGCGAAGACCAAUUACAUAAUCGAGUUGGUGACACAAUUCACGUUCUGUAACGCUACGUAUUUCUGCUCAUUCCGUUACAAAGACGUAUAUGUGUCCAUUCUAAAAGAGAUCACUCGGUCCUGGGACGACCUGCCUCACGUCAAUAGAGGACUCAUUCUGGGCCGCGUUCGCAUACAAGUCAACUGCGUUGUGAUCGGGACCAUAUGCCUGAUCCUGAUCACGCUCACGGCCGUCACCUAUACCGGCUCAUCUAGUUUAUGGAAGAGGAUAUUGAUUACGAUUUCUUUCAAUUUACCGGAGAUGAUACAAUACAUCGUGGUCGGUUUCUAUUACGUGAUGGUGUUGAUGGUGGUGGCGCUCCUGACGAACAUCGACGAGCACUGCAGGAUGUUGGUGAAGGCGCGGAGCAGCGUGAGGAGCAGCAGCAGCUGGAAGGCGCCGGCGCCGGCGCGGCUGGCGCAGCUGCGCGACGUGUACGUGCGGGCGCUGCGCGCCAAGCGGCGGAUCAACGCGGCGUUCCAGGCGCCGCUGCUGUUCGCGCUGCUGCAGACCUUCCACACGCUGGUCAGCGAGUCCUACGACAUCUGCCAGGGCCUGCUCUACCAGGACGACUUCAGCGCUCACAACUUAACCGAGUGCUCCUAUUGGUUUAUGCUCCAGUUGUUGAAGAUUUAUGCUCUGUCACGUUCAGGCUCCUUGUUAAAAUCUGAGGCGCUCAAAAUUGGACGAACGAUACAUAACAUUAGAAGUGACGAUGAAGAUAUGAAACUAUUUGCUGAGGUUCAGCAUUUUUCAACAUUGAUGGCGUUUCAAGGCACUGAGAUCACAAUUUUCGGCUACUUCCCAUUAGAAGCCACGCUCAUGUUCAAUAUGGUCGCAGCAGCAGCAAUGUACUUGGUAAUACUCGUGCAAUUCGCUAAGGCUCAUUGAAACUGUUAUAAAGGAUGAGAGGAGUCGCGCUAAACUAAAUGAGGCGAGAUAACAGACAACGUCAGAAUCGCUUACACAUUGUAGCUGGCUCCCUCUGUCGCUCUUCUGCAGCGGCGCGACAAAGCCAGACUGCGCUCUGAUCGUCACUUAAUUAGCGUCACCGAACUCACCGAUUGCUAGACUUCGGCUAGGCUAAAUUUGUUUAACCUACGUGCCUUGGAACCCUCGCAAGCCUCAAGAUUCUAUAUUCUCAACCACUGGCUACGCUCGCGGUUCAAUAUUGGAAUGUUUCGCUGAUCGGGUAUCAGCAUUGGCCUCGCAUUGCCACACGCGCUUAAAUAUUUGUCCCCCAAAUAACUAUUUAUGAGGUCAAAUUGAAAACCAGAUAAGUACAAAUUGUCAAAAUCCAUUUCCUUUCCUCAAAUAAUUAAUAAAAUGUGUUUUAAAUAAAUAAAAGUUGGAU